AGCCGCGCGCGCGUACGGGGGCGCGCGGCACCGCACCGCAGUGGAGCGCAAGGCGAGCUGCCGCUCCUGCUGUGCUUUGGGCGGGCAGGGCAGCUGAGGGAGGAGGAGGGCAGCAGACGCCCCAGCGCAGCGUUAGCCAGAGCAAGGGCACGCGACUGAGUGCCAAAGAGGGGAGGGGGCCCAAGAGCCAAUCAGCCAUUCAGAGGCAGAGAGCUCUUGUCUCCUCAGCAACGGGCCUGGAUGGUCAAGACUGCGCCUCCCCUUUCGCGCCCUGCUGGUCGUUAAUAUCUUCCUCACUCUUAACCCGCCUCAGCCUGGCACCGGAGCUGAACCCCCCCUCCCCCUUCACCAAGCUAGAAUUUGGGCUGAAGGUGGGGAAGAGUCUUUCUUCCUUCCUCCCCCCUCCUUUUUCUUCCACACUCCACCCAGAAAUGAUCUAGUGAAAAUAGGAGGAGGUAGAUGUCCCCUCCCUCCCUCCCUCCCGCUGCUGCUGCUGCUCCUUCUCCUUCUGCUGGUCUGUGAAGGCUGCAGGAAUACUCACAUUGCUCACUUUCUUUGAUGGGCGAGGAGAGAUUAUUUUUUGGAGGGGGUCGUGUUUUUUUUAGUGGGGAGGAGGGGAUAACCUACACAGCAAUUUUUGAGGUGGUGGUCGGGGAGGGCUCUCUGAUGUUUCCCGACCAUGGGGAAGGACCAGGAACUGCUGGAAGCUGCUCGCAUUGGGAAUGUGGCUUUGGUGGAGAAACUCUUGGCUGGCAGGAAAGGAGGGCUCCUGGGCAGUGGAUCUGGACCUAUUCCUUUAUCCAACUUGCUGAGCAUCUGGCGAGGACCAAAUAUAAACUGUACGGAUAGUUCGGGGUAUACCGCUUUACACCAUGCAGCUUUGAAUGGUCACAAGGAUGUAGUUAUCAAAUUACUUCAGUAUGAAGCAUCUACAAAUGUGGCAGACAAUAAAGGGUAUUUUCCUAUACACUUGGCUUCUUGGAAAGGAGACGUAGAGAUUGUGAAGAUUCUUAUCCAUCACGGGCCAUCACAUUCCAGAGUGAAUGAACAGAACAAUGAAAAUGAAACUGCUUUGCACUGUGCAGCUCAGUACGGACAUUCAGAGGUGGUAGCUGUUUUGCUGGAAGAACUUACAGAUCCUACAAUAAGAAACAGCAAAUUAGAAACUCCAUUGGAUUUGGCUGCCUUAUAUGGCCGCCUGCGAGUAGUGAAAAUGAUAAUCAAUGCAUAUCCAAACCUGAUGAGCUGCAACACAAGAAAACAUACCCCUUUGCACCUUGCUGCUCGUAAUGGCCACAAAGCUGUUGUACAGGUGCUACUAGAAGCUGGAAUGGAUGUCAGCUGCCAAACAGAGAAGGGGAGCGCAUUACAUGAGGCAGCUUUGUUUGGAAAGCUGGAUGUGGUACGCAUUCUGCUAGAAACAGGAAUUGAUGCCAACAUAAAGGAUAGUUUAGGUAGAACUGUAUUAGACAUCCUUAAAGAACAUCCGUCUCAACAGUCACUCCAAAUUGCUGCACUACUUCAAGACUACAUAGAAACAGGAAAUGCAACAGUUCCAGAUGAACCCAUACAGGAAUGCCCAGUGCUGGAUCAUCAGUCCUGUAUUUUGUCUCCAGAAGUUUCUCCUACACAAACAACUAAAAGUGAAGCUGUGACUGGAGAGUUGUCAAAACUAUUAGAUGAAAUCAAGCUGUGCCAGGAAAAGGAUUAUUCUUUGGAAGAACUGUGCCAUACAGUAUCAGACCACUACCUGGACAAUGCUAGCAAAGUAUCUGAAGAAGAACCAGUGAUGAAUGGAAGUCAAGCCAACCCUAAUAUAAGACCAUCUUCAACACAGUUGUCAGCAACAGAAGAGGAAGAAGAUGGAGGUGAAAAUAGUUGUGGACCUACAGGUUUGUGGGAAGCUCUGACACCCUGUAAUGGAUGCAGGAAUCUUGGCUUUCCCAGUCUCACCCAGGAGUCCUUUCCAAAGAAGAGGAGUUAUACACUGGAAGCAGUGCCAUCUGCUUCCUCUGAUGGAUUUCCUGUGGAAAAUGAGAAUGAUCUCUGUGAUUUUCUGGAUACGACGGUUACAAAGAAACCCUGUUCUUUAGAAAUAGCAAGAGGACAUACAUCAAAGACAGAUAAUGCACCUCAAGUAGCAAUUAUUGCACCAGGUACUGGUAACCAUAGAAACAGUUCAACGGGCCCAACUCCUGACUGCUCUCCUCCAUCACCAGAUACUGCACUAAAAAAUAUAGUGAAAGUUAUACGACCUCAGCCUAAGCAACGUACGUCAAUAGUAUCAGCUUUUGAAUUUCACCGAUUAAAUCACAGCCAUGAAUAUUUUGAAAUCAACUCCUCUAUAGGAUAUGCAAGCUUUACUUCCAGUCCUCCGAUCAGCCCAGCCAACUAUUCCAUUGGAUCAGUUGAGGGCAGCAUUGAAGAUAAUGACAUUCCAGAGACCCAGCAAACAUCCAUUGAAAGUGAACUUCUUGAAGCACAUCCUUCUGAGCAGUUUGCUGGUCUGCUUCAUGGAUCAUCACCUGCUUGUGACCCACCUGAAAAUCCCCUUCAGCUCUACAGAAAAGCCAGCCCAACUAAUGAAGUACAUUCCAGAAUUAGUUUGAACAGGAGUAUUUUGAAUCUGACACAGCUACAGCAAGAAAACAGUACUAUUCCACCAGUUAAAAAGAAAAAGCCACCCAUUUUAAACAGAACUAUAUUUCCUUCUAAAAAUAAUCUAAUAGAAACAAAUACACUGGCUGGAAUUACAACAAGAACUGGGGACCAAUGGGUUGCUAAUGCUGCAGGGUUUGUGGAGCGUGCUUGCACACUUGGGAGGAUACGAUCUUUACCAAAGACACUGCUUGAUAUGCAUUUAUCCAAAUAUGUUUCAAAGUCUGAUUCUAACCUCAUUUCCUAUCCACCUCAUGAACAAAAAGCAAGAAGAAACUGGACUGAAUCUACAGCAGACCCAGAAAACUCUAAAGGAAAUUCUGAAAGAACACCGUCCUUUACUUCAGAAUGGGAAGAAAUUGAUAAAAUAAUGAGUUCCAUAGAUGCUGGUAUUUCUACUGGGCUAGAAGAGAUUAAUGAUGGUCUUUCAACACCCAGAUGCCCUGUCCAGACUGUGGGACAAUGGCUGGAAAAUAUCGGGCUACCUCAGUAUGAGAAUCACUUGCUGGCGAAUGGAUUUGACAAUGUUCAGUUUAUGGGAAGCAAUGUUAUGGAGGAUCAGGAUCUGUUGGAAAUUGGAAUACUUAAUUCUGGACACAGACAAAGAAUUCUACAGGCAAUCCAGCUCCUUCCAAAGAUGAAACAAAUAGGCAAUGAUGGCUACAACCCCACUUCUGUAGCAGAGUGGCUAGAUUCCCUGGAACUGGGUGACUACAUCAAACCCUUCCUGAUAAAUGGCUAUACAUCGAUGGACCUUGUGAAAAAAAUCUGGGAUAUUGAAUUAAUUAAUGUUUUAAAAAUCAGUUUGCUUGGCCACAGAAAACGCAUUUUGGCCUCACUGGGAGACAGGCUGCACGAAGAUCCGCCUCAGAAACCACCACGAUCUAUAACCCUCAGGGAACCCAGUGGUAACCAUACUCCUCCUCAGUUGUCUCCAUCACUCAGCCAAAGCACUUACACAACUGGUGGCUCUCUAGACGUCCCGCACAUUAUCAUGCAGGGGGAUGCAAGAAGAAGAAGAAAUGACAGCUAUUUUGAUGAUAUUCCCCGGUCAAAACUGGAGCGACAGAUGGCACAGCAGUCUUCUGUCUGUGAAAUAUGGACCAACCAGAAUGCAGGAUAUCCUUACUCAGCAGUCCAUCAGGUUCAUAAUACUGGAGACUGGGGUGAACCUUCAAUUACCUUACGACCUCCUAAUGAAGCAACAGCAUCAACACCAGUACAGUACUGGCAGCAUCAUCCAGAGAAACUCAUCUUCCAGUCAUGUGAUUACAAAGCAUUUUAUUUAGGUUCCAUGCUGGUAAAAGAGCUAAGAGGUACAGAGUCAACCCAGGAUGCUUGUGCAAAAAUGAGGAAGUCUACAGAACAAAUGAAGAAAGUCCCUACUAUUGUUUUAUCAGUCUCAUAUAAGGGAGUAAAAUUUAUUGAUGCAACAAAUAAGAAUAUUAUUGCUGAACAUGAAAUUCGUAACAUUUCCUGUGCUGCACAAGACCCCGAAGACCUCUCUACGUUUGCUUACAUCACAAAAGACUUGAAGACAAAUCACCAUUACUGCCAUGUGUUCACUGCCUUUGACGUGAAUUUAGCCUAUGAAAUAAUUCUCACAUUGGGACAGGCAUUUGAGGUAGCCUACCAACUGGCCCUUCAGGCUCGAAAAGGAGGCCAUUCUUCAACCCUUCCUGAAAGCUUUGAUAAUAAACCUACCAAACCAAUUCCAAAACCACGUGUUAGCAUUCGAAAAUCUGUGCAGAUAGAUCCUACUGAACAAAAGACUCUUGCCAACCUACCAUGGAUUGUAGAACCAGGACAAGAAGCUAAAAGAGGAAUUAAUACCAAGUAUGAAACCACAAUUUUCUGAUACUGAACUGUCCUCUGUUUCUUGUUGUGCCUUGCACUCAAAGCAGUCAUAGCACAGCCUUUCCUUGACGGCAACUCUUCAAUCCAGUAGAGGGGAAGACUGCACUAUACGAGUGGCCUUGAAACUAGCAAAAACAAAAAUGGAGGGGAAAAAGGCUGCUGGGCAUUUCUGGUGAUUGUUCUUCCUGCAGCACUGACAGAAGAAUUAUAUGGGACGAAGACUUUUCAAUUACAGUCCACAAGAGGAGUGGGAGAUUGUUUUCAUGCACGCACUUCUCUUAGGACUUUGCCACAGUGCUUUCUUUGAUUUCGUAUUUUAACGUUCUACUUUUACAAAGGUCUCUAACACUAAUGCUGCUUAGUAAAACAACAUUCAGUUGUGGUUGGGUUUUUUGUUUCUGUUUUUUAAUUUCAAACAUGGCCAUUUUAAUUGAAAUGGAGCCAGAUUGUUGAAUAAAAUAUUUGAGAAAUGUUUGUGAAAUCAUGAGAGUCUUAUAUAAAUUAAUUCUGUUUAAUAUAUUUUUAAAAAGUAGUAAUGGCAAAACAUUAGUUUCCCCAUUUAUCUGUAUUUGCUGGUUUUAUGUAAUCCUUCAUGCCAUUUAAUCCUCUAGAGAAAUGAGGUUCUGUAUAACAUUGUGUCAACGAAUCAGUUUUAUGAAUGGCUUAAAAAAAGAAAGAGGAAUUAAUAAUGCAUGGAAAUGCACCUUGUAUUAAAUAUUUUUGUGGGAGAGAAGAAAACUAUAAGAGUAAGUAUGAAUAUUUAUGAUAAAGGAAGUCAUUAACUAUGAAGAGAGCUUGGAUUUAUUUUAAAGUUAAAUAAACUGCCUGUACUUGCAACAGCAGUAACAGUGGGCGGAUCAAUACGCUGGAUGCUUCACUUGAUAGGAGCAAAGCAGAAGCCACCCAGCGACUGGACUACAGGUACACGCAGAUGUACACAGUUUUUCAUGUUAUUAUAGCCAUGAGUUUUUUAAGAAUCUGAAAAAUGGUUUUAAUCAAAACUAAGGGUGUUUGUUUUUUUCAAAUUUUUUGUCUCAGAAAGCUGGUUUUAAUGAAAACGUUCAACUCAAAAGACAAAAAAUCCAAAGUAAUAAAUUCUUUCCACAAAAUAAUCUGUUAAGCUUUGGCUUGACAGUUGACUCAAUUAAAAUUGCUUACAAUUUUCUUUGAAGUACUUUAAUUUUUUAAUGUCUUUGUGGAGUAUUUGUAUAAUGACAUUAUGUAUAUUUCAGUGGAACUGAAUGAAUUAUAACAAACAGUUAAAAAUAUCAAUCAUAGGCAAAAAUUGACAUUUUAAUGUAUAUUCUAUCCAGUCAAAUUGUGAAUCAUUUUGAACUUCAUUAUAGAGAUAUUGAUAAAAUGUGUGGUUGACUUAAUGUUUUUUAUUAUUCUUUCAUAUUUAACUGAAAAGGUUUCAGUUAUGCUCAACUGAUUUUUUAAAAAAAUUGAUAAUUGAAUUUGAUUCAAAACUGAAAAUUAUAUAUGGUUUAGUUGAACCUAAUCAUAGCUCUGAAUGACAAAAAUCUUUUAAUACAGUAUUCAAUUUACUUGAACUGAUCAGCUCCUUGUACAUAUUUUGCCUAUUCAUUGUUGAUAUGUAUGUAGUAGGCUGACAGUGAACACUGAAACAUAUAGUACCAAAAGGAAUAUUGUAUAGGAGAAAAGUAAAUAGUAGCCUGACUGCAACAAAUACUUAUAUGUAAAUAUGCUUGGGCUUCCAGUUAUAAAUUUUGUAAUUUUUGUCAUUAUUUAUAUCCUGUAAAAGCACACAAAAUAAAUUGAAGUUGUACAGUCA